CCGCGGGACUGUGCGCUCCUGGUCUGCGCCGUCAUUCUAGCCUCACUGUCCGGACAAGUGAGAUGUCGGGAGCAGUGAAAGAGGAAACGGCGACAUCGAGGAACCGCUUCAGGGGUGAAACGAUCCACGUUACCGUCACAAGUGUCACGGAGAGCAGAGACUUCAUCGUUAGAGGAGACUGCACCGUCAGACAGGUGAAAUGGGAUCUUUCAGAGUCCCUGGGAGCCUCAGCAGAGCAACUGAUCGUGAUCCACUCUGGCCAAGUCCUCAGAGACUCUGAACUCCUGAGUCACCUUAAAGGACAGAAUGGGUCAGUACGCCUCUGCGUCAUCCAAAGGCCUCAGCAUUCAUCUGCUUCACCUUCCACUGAUCCAGAGCUCGACCCUGAACCGGAUAAUAUCACACCUUCUCCUACUUCUCCUCUCUGCCUGGUAGAAGGUCUAGAUAGCCUGACGCUCGAAAACAGCGAGACUAGCUUCUUCCCUGCACUCCAGCGCCAGAUGGAGAACAGAUUGCUGGCUGACCCAGAAAUGAUGCGCCGUCUCUUGGGCAGCCCCUUUGUGCAGAGCACCCUCUCCACCUCCAGCCCUCAACUUAUCAGACAGCUCAUUCUGUCUAAUCCCCAAAUUCAGCAGCUCCUGCAGACAAACCCAGAAGUGGAAGAUAUGCUUAACAACAAAGAUGUCAUAACACAGUUGUGGGAGCUCAUCAGGAACCCUGACAUGAUAGAGGAAGUGAUGAAAAAUGACGACAAAGCAUUCGAAAAUUUGCAGCCAGAGCAGGAAAAUCCCAACGCCAUUACAGGCAAUUCCGAGCCAGAAGCAAAAACACAGGCAGGAGUGGUGACUACAUCACCCAGGAAUCAACAGACACCGGAGGGUGAACCCGAUCAGACUCCACCCUUCUCCGGUCUCUACACAGAUCCUCUCAGAGAACUGAGUGCCACAUCCAGCGCUGGUUCAAACACUCAAAGCAGUAUUACAGCAGGCAUGCAGUCACUGCUGGAAGAGAUCACUACCAGUCCAGGUCUACUGGAGAGCCUCCUGUCUGGGCCAUAUGUCAGCAGUCUUUUAAACUGCCUCAGCCAGAACCCUGACCUGGCUGCACAGAUGCUGCUGAGUCACCCUUUGUUGUCUGGAAAUCCUCAGCUGCAGCAGCAAAUGAGAAAGGAGAUCCCCAUCUUUCUGCAGCAGAUGCAGGCUCCAGAGCUGCUCUCAGCCAUGUUGAACCCCAGAGCCAUGGAGGCUCUGCUGCAGAUCCAACAGGGCCUACACACUCUGGCUGCUGAGGCUCCUGCUCUCAUACCUGCGGCUGCACUCGGAAACAUUGGGGCAAAUGUUACUGCUACUCCUGAGUGUGCACCUGAGUCUGUUCUGAACAGCCAAUCAGGAAGCGGUCAACGGGCUGCUUUGGUGACGGAGCAGCAGCAGCAGCAGUUUGUACAGCAGAUGCUACAAGCACUGGCUAACACACGUAAUGAGGUCCAUCAUGAGGGGACAGAGUUCAAGGAGGAGCUAGAGCAGCUGAGCUCAAUGGGCUUCAAAGACAGGAAGGCGAACCUUCAGGCCCUCAUCAGCACAGGAGGAGAUCUCACCACUGCUAUACAACACCUGCUCAGUCUCUGACACACAUUCGUCUGUGCAUAUAUAUAUAUAAAUACAGACAUAAGCAGUAAAUAUAAGCACCUACACACCAGAACAUUAUGAUAAUAAAUGAAUCACCAGUACUGAUUAAAAAGUGCUUUGCAAAAGAAAAAGAAUACAUAAGAGAACAGAAAGCCAUACUUACUUGAUGCACUUUCAAAAACUUACAUAUAUCACACCCAUAAAUCCCUGUGUUAAACUCUGUUUGUGGUCCUACCCCAGUACACUUUAAACUUCUUUUUCUUUAUCCAAAUUAAGGGUCUGAGGAUGGUGGGUGCUGCACAGACUGUAAAGCACCUGCUAUUAAAACUUGUCAUUUAUGAUAUUAAGCUAUAUAUUUGAGAAAAAAAGUAGGAGGACUUUUGCAUCCUUUGCAUUCCCUGUAUUAGUGAAAGGUAUGACACUGUUUAAAAUGUAAGUAAAAUCAGAAUCCACUGAUUUUGCAAAUCUAUUAAUCUAUUUUGUUCACAACAGAACCAAGUAAACAACAAAUGUUUAAACAGAAAAAAUAUAACAUUUUAAGACAAAAAUAAGUUCAUUUUGUAUUUGAUGGUAGCAACUUGACUCAAGAAAGAUGGGAUAGGGCCAUGUUUACCACUGUGUAGCAUCUCCUCUUCUUUUAACAACAGUCUGUAAACAUCUGGGAACUGAGGAGAUCAGCUGUUGGACUUUUUGGGAGAGAAUUGUUGUCUCAUAGUUGUCUGAUACCGAAUAUUAGCUGCUUAACCAUCCUGGGUCUUCUUUGCGGUAUUUUUGGUUUCAUGAUGAUCCAAAUGUGAAAGGUCUGGGCUGCAGGCAGGCCAAUUCAGCACCUUACUAUAAAGCCAUGCUAUUGUAAUAGAUGUAGUAUGUGGUUUAGCAUGGUCUUGCUGGAAUAUGCAAGGCUUUCCCUGAAAAAAAAGACGUCAUCUGAAUGGGAGUAUAUGUUGCUCUAAAACAUUUCAGCAUGCAUGAUACCUUUCCAGAUGUGCAAGCUGCCAAUUCCAUAGUCACCAAUAUCACCAAUAAUGAUAACAAGCCAGAUGGUCCUCCUCCUGUUUAGUCCAUGUCCUGUUUAGUUCAUGAUUUCCAAACAGAAAUUUCGAAAAGGAAAUACGAUGUUCAAUUUGUCUGAUGACAGAACAGUUUACUCCUUUGCUUCAGUCCAUUUAAAAUGAGCUUUGGCCCAGAGAAGACAGCAAUGUUUCUGGAUCAUCUUCACAUAUGGCUUCUUCUCCUAUGAUAGAGCUUUAACCUGCAUUUGUGGACAGCAUGAUGAACCAUGUUUGCAGAUAAUGAUUUCUGGAAGUGUUCCUGAGCCCAUGCAGUGAUUUCCAUGACAGAAUCAUGCCUAUUUUUAAUGCAGUACUGAUGAGGCCCCAAAGAUCACAGUUAUCCAAUAUCAGUAUCUGGCCUUGCCCCUUGUGUACAGAGAUUUCUCCAGAUUUUCUGAAUCACUUGAUAUUAGCUGAUGAGAUAUUCAGUUUUCACAAUUUUACAUUGAUGAACAUUAUUCUGAGUUUGUUCCAUAAUUUGUUUAUGCAGUUUUUUUGCCUCUCUAAGGUGCAGUUUUUAUAACCAAUCUGUUACUGAUGUGUCGCCAAUUAAACUACAUGUUGCUGCCAUCAAAUUCAAAAUGAACUAGUAUUUUUCAUGAAUAGUAAAAUGUCUCAGUUUUCUGUGUCCUAUUGUGAAUAAAAUAUGGGCUUUAGAGAUUUGUAAAUUGUUGGACUCUGUUUUUAUUUACAUUUUACACCAUGUACCAACUUUUUUGGAAUCAGAGUUGCCAUAUACUGCAGACUUGCAGCAAUGCAAGUUUGCAUAAAUAUUUAGAAGCAGGUCAUGUAUUAUUCAUCUUACUGCUGCCACACUAUAAAGCUCGAGCCUCUUUUCAUGUUGCCACCUGGACAGAGUCUAAUGAAAGCUUUUAGCACCCCAAGACAGUCAGAUGUCCUGGAAGCACGCAGAGGAUUCACACUCUCAUUCUCAGCCAACAGACUGAACCAGGAGUGCAAUAUGUUAUGUGAUGUUCCCACUCUCCUUCGCUGCUCUUGCGUCUUGUCCACCACAGGCUGUAAAAGGAGGCAGACACACAAAAUAAUUAUAAAGUUUGUCUUCAAAGGAAGACUCGGUUUCAAAAGACACAUUCAAAGAAAGAGGACGACUUUGUGCAAAGUCAAAACCUGCUUGAAGGUUAUCUUGAGGUUACACAGGUAUAGGAAAUAUGGUUUGCACAACUAAUCCCACAAGAUUAAAAUACAUCAACAAUGAAAUGUAAGUAAAAAAGAAAACAUUUGAACUCUUCUGGAUGUUACAACACAAUCUAUGAUGAUGACUUUGCAUAGGUGAGGCUCUUCUUGUUAACCCUGUGUGCCUAGCCACCGCUCACUGAACUAACCAACAAUUCCUAAGAUGUGAUGCUCUCCCUUAAGAUUGUGCUGCAUGCCGCAGUGUUUUUGCACCAUAAGGAGCGGGUUCAGUGUCCUCUUUGGGGAUUUCAUGAGCAAACAACAGACUGAGCAACAUCUUUUGACUCCUUCAGUUGACUCGACAGUCUGUUGUAAACAAAACUAUUACAUGCUAUCAUUUACUUUGAAUUAUAUUCUGUUGGGGGCAGCACAGUGGUGUAGUGGUUCGAAUCCACCAUCUGGCCGGGGCUUUUCUCUGGCUUACUCCCACCGUCCAAAGAUGGGGUGAUUCUAAAAUUGCCCAUAGGUGUGAAUGUGAGUGCGAAGGCUUGUCUGUGUCUCUGUGUUCACCCUGUGAGAGGCUGGCAGUCUGUUCAGGGUGUACCGUGCCUCUUGCUCUAUGGCAGCUGGGAGAGGCUCCAGCCCCCCACAACCCUGAAUUGGAUAAGCAGAAGAAAAUGGAUGGAUGGAUCAAUUUUCAGUUGUUUCUUGUUUAGGCAAAUAUGCACUGUUUGCCACUUAAUUUAUGAGGCCCGGUGGCUUUGUAAAACAUGUUUCCUCCAUGCCUCUGUGUUCAACAUAAUGGUAACAGUUGUUCUCCAAUAGGGUCAAACAGUACCAUUAAUUCAAUAGCUAUAAAGUGUUCUUUUUAGUAAUAAUUAAUUUAUUUCUUACAUGAUUGAUAUAUCAGGUAUUUAGUCCAGAAAAUGACAGCUCAAUAGCCCAAAGUGGCAUCUUUAGAUCAUCCACAUUCCUGAACCCUUUUCUAACCUCUAAACUUGCACUACUAUGCUAGAAACACUAGGUGGCAUUUAGCACUAACUUCUUCAGUAUUCUCUGAUAUCAUGGCUUGUAUAACAAUCAAUUUGAAUCUGAGAUUUAAACAAUGUAGGCCUGUGUUAACUCAGUGUUAUUCUCAUGGUAUCACCUAGAGUGCAAAUCUACAUCUGCAUGUUCACCUCUGCAAGAUAUACAAGCUGGGGCAAAUGUGUUAUAUCAUUUAUUGAAACUAUUCGGACCCAAGCACUGAAUAACAUUAAAAAAUGUUCUUAAACUGAGAGCAUUUGUCUGCUUUCCAUUCCUGCUUUUGGGGACUUGCAGCUACCUGACACGUGGGACAUGUACUCUGUAAUCAGAUGUAUGUGCUCUGCUUGACAACGUGCA